AUGAAUGAAUACGACCCCGAAUCGAGGAGAAUUGACGGGUACAUAGCUAACCGAACGAGCGGAUACAGAGAUCCUCCAGGUAGGAUGGACGCAUAUGGUGGACAAGGUUCAGAGAGAAUGGACGGCCACAUCUCGGAGUCGGAUAGAGCGAGUAAGUAUAUUGCCACUGGCAGUAGGAGUGUGGCAUCACUGGACUCACAAGGCAAGAAGAAAUCGUUCGGUCGCGUCAUUGAACGUUUCGCAGAGAAGACGUCGAUGCAAGGUGUUCCGUACAUCAACCUUGCCAAGACUCGCGGUGCUAAGAUAGCGUGGACUAUACUACUGAUCUGUGCCAUUGGAAUGAUGGUGUUACAUCUUUACUACCUUUCUAAUCAGUUCUUCCUGUGGCCAAAAACCACACCUCAGCUAUCGACCCGACAAAACUUGAUCCUACAAACACUGGCGGUUAUACUGGUAAUCAGGUGCCAGGAACCGGAACCGGAACUGGCACAGGGAACUGGAACCGGAACAGUUCCGGGACAGCCGACUGGUAAGAGACGGAAGCGCUCCGUACAGACCUACAAAGACAUCGAUCUGACGGACUACAAACAAGAAAGUCCACCGAAGGACACAUCUGUUGGCCCCCGUGAUACUGUUUCGGACAUAGAGGAUACUUUUAAGGAGCUGUACAUGAAUGUGGAUAGGGACACACGUGUUAGUAUCGGCCACUCUAUAGAUGAUAUGUUGGUAUCUUGUGCCUUUAAUGGUCAGACGUGUUAUGCCGACAAUUUCACAUUGUUUCAAACGCCGUCCUAUGGAAAUUGCUAUACCAUCCAGUCACCAAAGUUUCUUUCCAAAACAUCAGGACCAUCAAAUGGUCUGAAGUUGAUCCUGUACGUAGACAACCAAGACUAUAUAAAAGGCAUUACACAAGGUCAUGGCGCCAGAGUCACCCUACAUUAUCCCGGGACCAUCCCUGACCCUGAAAACAUGGGCUUCUAUGUGUCAACCGCAUUCGAAACAGAUAUCGGUUUAAAGUUGGUUGAUAUUCAAAGGGAAGGUCAGCCAUACGGUGAAUGUACGGAUGGCGAGGAGUUUGAGAAAAAGUACAAAAGGAAAUAUACAAGACAGGCGUGCAUCACAACCUGUGAGCAGGAAGCAAUAUUGGCGAGGUGUGGCUGUUAUCACCGAGACAUGCAGGAAGUAUUCUAUUUGGCCGGUAAGACAAACGAACGAGCCUGUAACACUACUGCUGAGAUUGAUUGUCUGGCGGACGUCCAGACCGAAAUAGAGGAUAAGACAUUGGCAUGUAGCUGUUUGAAUCCGUGCACGGAGACGCAGUAUGUAAAGGCCUUUAGUACGAGACAGUGGCCGACCGAUGAUUACUCGACAGUGCUGGUACAGAGUAUCUGCGAGACUGAAAACAGAACAGACGAUUGUCGACACCUAGCUACUAUCACAGAUAAAACAGAAUUAAGCUCAAAUUUUCUCAAGGUUAUCAUCUAUUAUGAAGAUUUGAACUACGAAAAGAUUGAGGAAGCGCCAGAAAUCGAGACGGCCCAGUUCGCUUCAGAUGUAGGUGGCGCCAUUGGCCUGUGGAUAGGACUAUCAAUGCUCAGUAUGUUUGAAGUGGUACAAUUACUCGUAGAGUUGUGUGGUUUUGGCGCUAGCAAGUGUAAAAGGGACGAGGCAAGGAAAGAGAGAGCUAGGCGGAAACAACAACAGCGACGACAGAGAAUGCGACAGCACGAUUACUUCAACAAGUACGGCUUAGAGCAUGGCAUGGCGAGGCAUAACGUUAAUGGAAUGCCGCCGGAUUACCGGGUACGGCAUGGUGUAGACGGAAUACCGCCGGAUUACCGGGUACGGCACGAUGUAGACGGGGUGCCACCGGAUUACCGGGCACGGCACGGUGUAGACGGGAUGCCGCCGGAUUACCGGGUACGGCACGGUGUAGACGGAAUGCCGCCGGAUUACCGGGAGAAGUAUAGCACUCCGAAUCAUUCGAUGAACGGAUACAAGGAAGAGGACGGUUAUAAUUAUAUUCUUUACAAAGGCCAUUCUGUCAGUGAACGACAUUAAACAUCCUACUCACAGUUCACCACUGGUGUGUUAGAACGUUGUUUAUGGUCAUCAUGUAAUGUAAAUCAUAAAAACUGAAACCAUUAAGGUACUUGUGGAGGACUUUCAGUAUGGACUAGAUGAUAUCUAUAGUGGACAUGUCGAUAGGAUACUAGAUUGGUCUAAUCUGUUUUCAUUGGAUUCCUUAAACACAAUGUACUGGUACCUGUCUAACUCGUGUAGAUACGUUCUGUAUUAGGCUAUUACCCUUAUAUACGAGUUGGUGAUCCAGAAUUAACGCUCUGCAAAACAUCCCCCUAUCCACACAACAUUUUACCUGACAAUCAUGACGUCUUUUCCAUUAUAACAAUAAUCUGUUUUAGUGUUAAAUUGACUUUUCCAUUCGUUUCUUGUUAACAAUGACACUUACCAAAUCGAAAUUAUAACGUACUCGGGAUAAUUAUGGAUAUUAUUUUUUAGUUAUUUGGUACGUCCAAACUUGAAUAAAAAAAUAAAAUAUCAUAAUCA